AUGAAGAUCGAGAACAGCCUCUCGGCUCCCCAACUCCCCGACGCCCCCUCCCAGGCCGGCCUCCACUUCAGCGUGGCGACCGAGGAGGACUUCGAUGAGAUCAUGGCCAUGAGCCAGCACAUCUACGGGGGUCUGGACUACCUGCCCACCCGCUACGGGGCCUGGAUGCAGGAGACCAACCGCACAGUGGUGCUCGCCCGCAAGCAGGGCAAAGUGAUCGCCCUGGAGUCGGUGUGUGUGAUCGACGACGGGGAGACCAUGCUGGUGGAGGGUCUGCGCGUGGCCACCCCGGAGCGCGGCCGGGGCGUGGCCGGGGAGCUGCUGCGGUUCUGCUCCCAGCUCACCAAGGCCAAGUACCCCGAGGUGAAGGUGAGCCGGCUGACCCGCGACGACCAGCUGGGCCCCAAGGACUUCCAGAAGUACCGGCUCAUCACCAAGCAGGGUAUCCUGCUGGUACGCUUCAGAGCCGAGGACCUGAAGCUCCGUCUGGCCGAGCUGGGGCCGGACGGCGCCGAGCUGAGCUCCGCCUCCUCCACCGGCCCGCCUCCGCCCCCGCCGCCCGUCCACCUGGACGCGGCCGCCAUCCAGCGGCUGUACCUGGGCACCGACCUGCUGCACCGCGUCCUGCCCAACCUCACCGUGGUGCAGGACUGGCAGCCCUACAAGCUGCUGCCGAGCAACAUGGACGUCCUGCUGAAGAAGGACAUCGACUGGGUGGUAGACGACGAGGAGGCGCCCAGCGUGGCCAGCCUCUGCACCUUCCCCAUCAGGGUGCCCAUCGGGGACGACUGGUACUACCUCAACAUCGACAUGUUCGGGAAGGACCUGUCGCAGGUGCGCCGGCAGUACCUGGCCCACCUGCGCCGCCACACGGCCGGCCUGCGGGGCAGCGUCAUGUGCCAGCUGUUCCUGGAGCCCGCCCUCUGGGCGCCCAUGGUGGAGCUGUGCAGGAGCGUGCUGCGGGUGGAGCUGGUGAAGGAGUACACGGAUCAGUGCGUGGUGGAGAGCGACGUGGUGUAG